AUGGCCCAAGUCCUAGAGAGCUUCUGUGCUGACUCAUCCGGUAGAAGGGUACUCUCGCCCGGCCCCGCCCACCCGGGCGCCAGCACGGUGAACCCUGCGCGGUCGGAAGGCACGAUGAGCGCGUUGCUGUCACGCGAGCUUGGGAGCUGCCGCUGCGCCAUUGGACGAACAGCUACGGUAACACAACAAUGGGAUGCCAAGGGCCUUGAACCACGACCGCAGCACCCGAUGCACUUCUUUGGCGUCGUAUUUGUCUACGACAAUUUCCCCUCCCUCCUGGCCUCACAAACAUCGAGGUCGCCAUGUCGACCGCCGCCAGAAGACGACCUCCGCGACAGGCUCCGAGCCGAGCCGCGGGGCAUACCGAGGACGGCCUCCCUCCGGCGAGCCACGGAUGGACCCAGUCGACGACAGACACGGACGAAUCUCCGAGUAGACACACUUCGCAAGGCCGCAAACAACACGCACCGCAUAAACAGUCGCGGUGUUGAGGAAGCCAAAUCUUCAGGGGCUACGAACCCCUCAAGCAGGGAAACUAGAUCUUCGAGAAAGGCCAGAAAUUCACAUGAGCCGGGUCUCUCAAAAUUGAACGAACCUGCAUCCGAGGCCAAGCCCGUCGACGACAUCUACGAGUUUCAGGCCAGCUCGCCCAGGAAACGCAAGCCAGAGGAAGAGACGUCAAGUGGGUACCGAAAGGGCAGAGCGUACACCUCGCGGGACUUCGAUACCGGCGACGGCCUUUUUGUCGUGCAAGAGGAGGACGAUGCGGAUGACGGUGGUGAUGAGCAGCUAUAUGACGAUCCAACGAUCGUAGGCCUACCGCCAUCGGCGCAAACAAGAGAAGAGGGACAGUCUACUGAAGACGCCGUGCACGACAAUGAACCGCAGUCGAGCGCAGCAACUGAGCAAGUCCGACGUCUCGUUGUGGACAUGGGCCCGGCCCCCCCUGAGCCCUCAGACGAAGAUGAUGACGGAUACCCGGACGACCACCUCAUCUUCAAUCCGCCUGCAGGACAAGAAACAAUAGCCGCGGCGCCAAUCAAGUCUAAUUUCCUGAAGAGCAUUGCAGAGCUAAUGGGCGGAACCGGCUGGACACAGUCUCGCGGAGAGAUCACGUCGGCGGCCCACAAGGCGCAAUUCUCGAAACGGACACGCCCCCUUUGGAACGAGCUCUGCCACCUCAAUAAUUUCUGGGAGGGAAUGCCACGCGCGCCUCUGUUUGACCAGCAGUGUGACUACUUGCAUUCGGAUGACGAGGAUGCGACGAGCGCGAGGCUGAGUGUCAGGAAGGUCGACGGGCUUAUCCGCGCGCUGGCUGACAAGGCGAAGCAGCCCAGCCACGGCGAGGAAUCAGACAUGCCGCCGUUACGUUUUGUGGUGGAUAUCUACGAGAGGAUCAUCCCACUGCUCGUCCACAUCCUUGAAAGCGUAUUCCGAAAGGGAGCCGACCUUGAACGAUCACGCUACACCGGGAGGUUUACCAAAACAACAUUGCAGAUCAUGCAGAGAGUGGCUGCCUGGAUCGAGAAGUUGUACGAAGCAAUGCAGGUGAAUUUGAUUAGAAGAAGGCUGAAGGAACAGACGCUCUCGAAACGAAUCAGUCGAGAAAAGCUAGGCGGGUAUCUACGAGGCUUCAAGUCUGAACUCGAACAGGCUUGGAGGACAGCAGAUGAGGUUAUUGAGUGCCAACAGCGCUAUGAACAGAGGCUCUUGCUAUCGAAGACUAGGAAGGAUCGAGAACAACGCGAGUUUGAAGAAGCUAGGCGGCGACAACGAGAGCUUUGCGAUAGACGCCUGGAGGAGUACCUGCGACGCACUGCUGUCGAGAGGGCACAGAUAGAGGCAUCCUCAUCGCAGUAUCCUUCUCAGCGGACAAGCCGUGGGAGGCAACAAGCAACGCUGGCCCGAACCGAGCCAGUGGACCGGGCAGAGAUGGCAAAUGCCGGCCCAAGCAAGCCGUGGCCUGAAGACGAAGCCAAGAGGCUCUUACGGGUACUAUCAACGAGACCACAGAUAGAGAUGGAGGCUCUGGUUUGGGAAUUCGAGCGCAGCGAGGAAGACGUCAAGGCAAUGGUGGAAUUGCUGAAGCAGAGUGCCAGGACGUACGCCGCAUCCAGGGGCAGACAGAUCCCGGCGUUUGCUGCCAGCUGA